UUAGCCUACAAGAAACAAAGAAAGGAAGCUAAAAAGGCUGCUCUUUUCUCUGACCAUUCCCUCCCUCUCCGGAUUCUCACCAUUUUUCCUUCUCCCAAAGGUCAAAUACCAACUCCCUCUAUUGGGUAGCCAUUAUUAUUACCAUUACCAUUGCCAUUGCUUCUGAGGGCUACCUCUUCUUCUUUCCCUUCUUUUCUCUCUGCUUUCCAACUUUCGUAGCCCACGAGAGAAGAGACUUUGGAGCAAUUUCUGGACCACUCCUCUUUAUACAUUUUGCGAUCCUACUCAUUUUGCGUCACAUGGGAUUCUAGUUCCAGCUUUAAAGGUUCGAUUCACAGAGAGGUACUGAGAUUUCUGUCAAAAUGGGGAGCAGAUGGAGGAAAGUGAAGAUGGCUCUUGGCACCGGUAUGUGUCUUCACGUUCCUCACGCCGGAGGGGAUACCAUGCCGUCCAAUAACGCCGCUCCCAGAUCGUUCGAUUCCAUCUCUUCGAUGGGCCGUAGUUCCAAUUGCCGCCAAACGACGCCGACUCAAUCGUCGUCCAGUCCCCGCGUCUCCAAAAGCGGAUCGAGGUCUUCGAAGAGGACCUGUGCAAUAUGUUUGACUACCAUGAAAGCAGGGAAUGGGCAUGCCAUAUUCACUGCAGAGUGUUCUCACUCUUUCCAUUUCAACUGCAUUGCCUCAAAUGUAAAGCAUGGGAACCAAAUUUGCCCAGUUUGCAGAGCUAAAUGGAAAGAAAUCCCUUUUCAGAGUCCCAUUCCGGAUUGUGCUAAUGCUAGGCCUAGAAUCAAUCCAGUAGGUUUUGCCCAAGAUGAUCCCUGGAUGAGCAUUGUUCAACGGAUGCCUCCUCCACGCCCUGAUACAACUAGACAAAUCUCCACUCUUUUUCAUGGCCCUGAACCAGUAGUUUAUGAUGAUGAUGAAGUUUUAGAUCACCCAACUGAUGCCACCGAGAGAAACACAUCAAAUGAUGGUGCCACUGAUCGUAGUUGCAUUGAUAAAGUGGAGGUCAAAACGUACCCAGAAACUUCGGCUGUUCCAAGAUCAGUUUCUCAUGAUCACUUCUCCGUGCUAGUCCAUAUCAAGGCUCCUCUCUCAAAUGCAACCAGAAACCAGGCUGCCUUUCCAUCGAAUCAACCCUCUCGUGCACCAGUUGACCUAGUAACUGUGCUUGAUGUUAGUGGCAGUAUGGCAGGUACCAAGCUUGCCCUGCUCAAACGUGCUAUGGGUUUUGUGAUCCAGAAUCUUGGCCCCUCUGAUCGACUCUCUGUCAUAUCAUUCUCCUCAACUGCUCGUCGCCUUUUCCCACUUUGUCGGAUGACCGACACUGGACGACAGCAGGCAUUACAGGCUGUUAAUUCUUUGACAUCAAACGGUGGGACAAAUAUUGCUGAAGGAUUGAGAAAAGGUGCCAAGGUGUUGGUAGACCGCAAGUUGAAGAACCCUGUUGCUAGCAUUAUACUCCUAUCUGAUGGGCAGGAUACGUACACUUUCAAUGGUCCUAGCAGUGCCCAUCCUCAAAUAGUUCAUCAAUCACUUAUUCCCGUGUCAAUCAAUCGCAACAACCGCCCUGGAACGCAGCAGAUACCGGUGCACACAUUUGGAUUCGGCGCUGACCAUGAUGCCGCGACGAUGCACUCGGUUUCUGACAUAUCAGGGGGCACAUUUUCAUUUAUCGAAUCAGAAUCUGCCAUCCAGGAUGCAUUUGCUCAGUGCAUUGGUGGCCUCUUAAGUGUAGUGGUGCAAGAUCUCCACGUUGAACUCAGAUGCAUUCACCCAAGUCUGCAGCUUGGUUCAAUUCAAGCAGGAAGUUACCAAGCCAGCAUCACAGAACGUGGAAGAUUAGCCUCCAUUUUUUUCGGAGACUUGUAUGCCGAAGAAGAGAGGGAUUUUCUGGUGAUACUCAAAAUUCCUGUAGAUGGGUUCGCAGGGGAGAUGUCACUGCUAAAGGUUGAUUGCGUUUACAAGGACCCCAUAACCAAAGAGCAAGUCAGUUUGGGCGAGGCCAGUGAGGUUCAGAUCCAGAGGCCAGACAGAGUAGAUGAACAACAAGUAGUGUCAUUGGAAGUGGACAGGCAGCGAAAUAGGUUCCGGGCGGCGGAGGCAAUAUCCGAGGCCAGAGUUGCCGCCGAGCGCGGCGAUUUAGCUGCUGCAGUGUCUGUGUUGAACAACUGCUAUAAAACUGUGUCUG